GCAGGUCGCCCCGCCGCCGCCGUCCCCGGGCCGCGGAGCGCGGUGGAGGAGCCCGCGGAGCCGGGGCCCCGCGGCCCGCGCCCUCCAGACAUGGUGGGCCACCUGCAUCUGCAGGGCAUGGAGGAGGGCCUCAAGGAGAAGAGCCAGGAGGGCUUGCUGGACAGCCCCGACUCCGGGCUGCCCCCCAGCCCCGGCCCCAGCCCGCCCUUCUAUUCCCUGGCGCCCGGCAGCCUCGACGCCCGCGCUGGGGGCGCCUCUGCGGAGCAGCCCUGGCCCGGCGAGGCUAGAGCGCCCCCUGCCCUCCGGAACCCCCCUGUGCCCGAGAUGAGGCCGCGGAUGCUGCCGGUGUUCUUUGGGGAGAGCAUCGAGGUGAACCCAGAACCUACCCAUGAAAUCCGCUGCAAUGCCCAGGUCAAGUACGCCUCGGAGAAGCACUUCCGAGACGACGUCUUCUGCGCCCCUGUGCCCACUGUCACAGCCUACAGCGAGACCAUCAUGGCCGCACCCAACUGCACAUGGCGGAGCUACCGCAGCCAGCUGACCCUGGAGCCGCGCCCGCGGGCCCUGCGCUUCCAGAGCACCACCAUCAUCUUCCCCAAGCAUGCUCAGAGCUCCUUCCGGACCACCCUGCACUGCAGCCUGGGCCGGCCCCGCCGCUGGUUCGCCUCCAGCGUGCAGCUGGCGCCGUGCGAAGACCCCAGGCCCUGCCUCCUGGGCACCAAGGUGCUCUAACGGCUGGGGCUGGCCCCUGAGCCGUGGACAGGGCAGGAGCCCGAGGGAAGGGCCGCAGAGCAGCCAGGGACACGGUCACCCCUGCCGCCUGCACCAGCCCAUGCCUUGGGCUGCCACCUUUCAGGGUGGGGGACUAAUGCAUGUAUUUCAUUAGCAUUUUCAAGCGGCAAGGCAGUGUGGGGGCUGACUCUGUGGAGACAGGACACGGAUGGGCAUGGGGAGCCAGUGACUACCCCGACAGCUCUGGGCCUAGACCUGAGGAUGAGGGACAGGAGGCAGGUGGCUGCUGCAGGCCUUCGAGACCCCUGCCACCCGGACCCCCAGGGCUCCUGGAGAGGAUGUCUCCUGAACGGGCUCUUCCAGGGCAUGCAGCAUGAUGUGGAGGCCCAGAGCCCUGAGGUGUGCGGCCCGACCGGGUGCUGGGCCCAAGCAGCUAACCUGAUGUGGCUGCUGGAGCUGGGGCUCGAGUUGGUCCUGAGUUGUAGCUGUCCCAGUGGGCCAGGCCUCCAGUGUAGACACUUGCGGGUAGAGUCCAUCACACUGAGGCCAUGAGCUCAGCAUCCAGGGCCUCGGCUGCACGCACCUGCAGGACCUGGGACUGAUGAAUGUCAAAGCCUCUGUGUCAGGCACCAUGGGGAGGGCCUGGGUGCUCAGAAACAUCAGCUACCCCCCCCCCCCAGGCUGAACCUGGACAUGAGGGGGGCUGAGCUCUGCUGUCAGAUUCAGGGGGAGGGGGUCUCCUGCCACUAGACUUGAUGGAUCCCACGAGGACAGGGAAGGGCCUGAAUCUGUCACCUCUGCAAUGCUACAGACUCCCCUGAAAUAUGUGGGGUAAAAGGAGGGUGGGCAAGACAGGGUCCUGGCCCUCCCAGCGCUCCUCCAGGCUGAAGGCUUACCUGGACUCCACCUCCCUCCACAGGGGCCUGGAGGGAGGGCUCGGAGCUUGCGUCCAGUAGAGGCAAAACAACUGGUAUAUUUUUGUAUAUCUGUGCAGAUAGUGUAUUUUGUCUCCAUGGUGAUGCUUUCUGAUUAACAGAUAACUUAAGAAAUCAAUCAUCAUAAUAAAAUGGACUGACCCAGCCAGGCUCCUCUCUCGUUUCCGUGGUGCUCAGACACGGCUGGGGUGGAGGGAGGGGCAUGCUGGCUUUACCACAUGGCUGCCAGGGAGAUUCCGGUAGUGCCUCAGUCUGCUCAAAUGGGGGAUGCGGAGGCUUGGCGCCCAGGCCCUUCCAUACCAGCCUCAGUGCACCAGCUCCACAUAGAGGAAGAAGUUAACAAAUGCAGAGGCCCAGGC